AUGGCGCAUCUCGACGUCGAGAUUGACGCGGAAGAUCCCGCGGAUAAUGAUAGUGUUUUCGACACUGCGAGUCUCGCCUCGUCAACCACCAGCGUCAAUGAGUCGAUUCUCAACUACCGGACGGAGAACGGGAGGACGUAUCACAGGUAUAAGGAGGGCAAAUACAUGUAUCCCAACGAUGAGCAGGAAGUCGAUCGACUGGAUCUUCAACAUAACAUGUACCUCCUCACAUUUGAUAAUAAGCUCGGCACGGCGCCGCCGAACGAUAUGAACUCACACAUCGGGCGUGUGCUCGACUGUGGCACGGGGAGCGGAAUCUGGGCGAUCGAAUUCGGGGACGAACACCCGGAGGCCGAGGUGCUCGGGGUGGACCUCUCUGCGAACUUCCCAGAGUAUGUCCCGCCGAAUGUCAAGUUCGAGAUCGACGACAUUGAGGAGCCAUGGACGUGGUCGCGCCCCUUCGACUACAUCCACAGCCGGAUGAUGACGUCUGCUAUUAACGACUGGAGGGCAUAUCUCGCCCAAUGCUACGACCAUCUCAACCCCGGAGGCUACCUCGAGCUCAACGAAGCCGACGUGAACCCUUUGUCCGACGACGGCACCCUCAAGCCCGACUCCGCUCUGUCGAGAUGCAUGUGCAUGAUGGCAGAGGCCUCGGAUAUCUUGGGCCGCCCGUUUGUCGAUGUGCAGGGGUUAAAAGACGUCAUGGUGGACGUGGGUUUCGAGGACGUUCAUGUCCACCGUUUCAAGUGGCCCACAAAUCCGUGGGCGAGACAUUCAAAGUACAAAGAGCUCGGUUUCUGGUGCGAGGAGAACUUUGCUGGGAAUUGGGAAGGUAUUAUCAUGGCGCCGUUCACGAGGGGCCUGAAGUGGACUAGAGAGGAGGCGAUGGUGUUUGCGAUGGAGGUGAGGAAGGAGUUGAAGGACAGGAGUAUCCAUGCGUACUUCUCCAUAUGGUCGAUAUACGGACGGAAGCCUGGAGGAAGAUGA